CAGCGGUAUUCCCAACUCGACGUCAGACCGCGCUUAUUGGGGGACCAUUACGCGUGACCAAAACAAGGAUUACAUCUUCUAUUCGGAUACAUCCAUUAUUUUUUUAAUUGCCUCAACAUGGCAGUGACCGAGGCGAGCUGUGACAUGACUUACUGCAAGAUGAGGGGUUUUGCAUCCGUACUUACUGCCUUCAUUAAGGAGAGAAAGAUGGGACUCAACGACUUCAUCCAGAGGCUGGUCUCAUCGCCACACAUCUGCCAACAUGCGGAAGUCAACAACUUCAUGAAGAUUGACGAGCACCCCAACGAGGACAUCGAACAGGCCAUCCUGAGAGACGGACAGUUAUACCUGACCUCCAGGACCUCGCUGGCUGAGGAGACUCAGAUCAAACCCUCCGAUUUCGACUACCUAAAAAUCAUUGGCAAAGGCAGCUUCGGAAAGGUUCUGCUAGCCAGGCACAAGGAGACGACCAACUACUACGCUGUCAAGGUGCUGCAGAAGAAGAUCAUCAUGAAGAAGAAGGAGCAAAGACACAUCAUGGCCGAGCGCAGUGUGCUCAUGAAGAACAUCAAGCAUCCCUUCCUGGUGGGCCUCCACUACUCCUUCCAGACCACAGACAAGCUCUACUUCGUCCUCGACUACGUCAACGGCGGAGAGCUCUUCUACCAUCUACAGAGGGAGAGGAUUUUCCUGGAGCCCCGAGCAAGGUUCUACGCGGCGGAAAUUGCCAGCGCCCUCGGCUACCUGCACGCUUUACACAUCGUCUACAGGGACUUGAAGCCAGAGAACAUACUGCUAGACUCCUCGGGUCAUAUCGUCCUCACAGACUUUGGACUCUGCAAAGAAGGUCUGGAGGACAACAGCACCACCUCCACCUUCUGUGGCACCCCGGAGUACCUGGCCCCUGAGGUGCUCCAGAAGCAGGCAUACGACCGCACGGUGGACUGGUGGUGCCUGGGCUCCGUGCUCUACGAGAUGCUCUAUGGCCUGCCGCCGUUCUACAGCCGCAACACGGCCGAGAUGUACCACAACAUCCUGCACAAGGCCCCCGUGCUCAAGCCCAACGUGUCCAACUCUGGCCGGGAGCUUCUGGAAGGUCUGCUGCAGAAGGACCGCACCAAGAGGCUGGGCUCCAAGGACGACUUUCUGGAGCUUCAGCAUCACUCCUUCUUCUCGCCCAUCAACUGGGACGACCUGAUGGCCAGGAAAAUCACCCCUCCAUUCAUCCCCUCAGUGAGCGGCCCCACCGACCUGCGGCACUUUGACACCGAGUUCACCCACCUCCCCGUGAGCGGCUCCCUGCUCAACUCCGACAGCCUGGCCGUGACCAACAGCGUCCGGGAGGCGGCCGGCGCCUUCCCGGGCUUUUCGUACGGACCCCCGGUCGACCACCUCAUGUGAAGCCUCCCACCUGACCACCUGACCACCUGUCCCCCUAACCGCCACACUCCAUCCAUCCGUCCAUCCCUGGCCCUGCCCGAGUGCUGGAGACAGACUCAACGGCACGGCUCAACCAGGGGGAACCACGACGUGGGCGAAGGUGCCUGUGGGACAUUCCGCAUGGGGGUGCGGGUGUUGGUACGAUCCCGUCGGACGUGGUCGAUGCAGACAGACGCAGAUCUCACAGGGGACCAACUUAAUGAAUAGGCGGGGAUCGCUUGUCCUCCGUGAUUGAAUCCCCUUCGCCACCACGACAUCCUGGACCACCCGAAAGGCCCGCGACUGACUUUGAAAAGGGUGCAAAGCUUAGAAACUAGAAUGGGCGUUUAUUUAUUUUUUUACGACUGAAAGACUGAAAAUAGCCUCUUUUUGUUUUUUUGCUGGUGGAGGCGACCGGAAGAGGAAGUGCCUGAGGUUCUAAAGGCAGUGUUGAAGGAACCCAAAGAGCCGUUUUUGACCCUCCCAGUGGGCGUUGGGGCGCAUGUGACUGGCUCUGAUAUCAUCACUGUUGUUUUACUUGGUUUUAUAUUGUGAAUGCUCUUGUUGCACUCGAGGAAAGGAGGGGUCAGUUCUCAGCUGCCACGGUAACGACAGCUGCGGGUCUUCCCCGCCCCAUAAGUGACGUCACUAUUUUAGAACAAAAUGGCAUUCCACAGAAAUGUAGUAGGUAUACCCAACAAUAUGUGUCCUGUUCAUUCCCUCCCCAACGCUGACCAUUCCUCAGAAGAACAAAAGAAGAGUGUUCUGUAUUAAACGAAAAUGACAUUGUUACCAAAUUAUUAUUACGUUUAACCAACUGCAACCAUUCACUGUUUACGUUUAAAUACUCUGUACACACUGGUUCUUAACGUAAUAGAUAAAUGUUGAAGAAUGAAUCCGGUCUAGGAUGGACUAUUUUCCUACAUUUGACUUUUUACAUCUUUUAUUUUAAUAUGCAACGAUACAAACAUGUGUUGACCUAAACAGAGCUGUGUUUUCAGGCUUUCUGAAAUUCCUUUCAUAUCAAAAGAGAAUCAGUCGAUUCAGCAAUAACGUUGUAGUGUAACAAAACUAAAACAAAAUGGAUGCUCCCGCUCAUCAGCCUCGUGGACACCGGCCAAACCCCGGCCUCGCGGGUUCACGUUCGUUUUAACUCUGCAGAUCGUUUUGAAAUGCAAACUUGAAUAUCUGGAUGGUCAAACGAGAUAACCCAUUCCGCCCCUUCAGACCUGUCCUUAUCUACCGUACUAAUUGUCAAUGAAGCAUCCUUCACAGAUACGUACGAUUCUAGACGAUAGCGAGUAACUGUGAAUGUCUUGUGCCUGACCCAUGAACAUGCAUAGCAACAUGCGUGUACAACAAAUAAAGCCCACAUGUUAGCAACAUAUGAUCUAUACAUGUAGAGCUACGUGUAUAGUUCAUAUCGUCAACCUGUAGUCCUACCAGCUGCUCUUCUAGAAACGGAUCUGGAGAUAGUUCUGCUCCAGCAGCUUUUGUCCAGAACUAAAACACGGAGCUGACACCAAAAUCCAUCACCACUAUUACAUGAUUCAUUAAAAAAAAAAAGUGCAAUAAUAGUAAUAACAACUAGUGGAGAUAUAGGAAAAAAAAUCUGAGUGUAAAUUAUAAUU